UGCGACUCAUGGCCCGCAAACUCGGGGCAGCCGCAUAGCGCUUUGUACGCGAGCUACUUCAUCUUCCCCGACGACGAGCGGAGGCCACACCGAAGGAAAGCCAGCCCCAGCCAGGACGCCUAUCCAGUAGCGUCUCCACACCCGGGGCUCUCCUCUUCUUCUCAAUCCAUUGUGUUAUGCGUCCGGCGGAGGGAAAGAGGCGAGGCGCCGACCGAUGGUUGCAGAGGUAAGGCCGGGAAGCCAUCGGAAGGAAGAACAAUAGUUAGCAGUGAUUGAUGAGAGGCGAGGGCGUGGUCGUAGGAGCGGGCGGAGAGCCGAAUCAUCAUCAUCAUCUUAUUCUUCUUCCUCCUCCACCUCCUCCUCUUCUUCCUCCUCAACUCACCGAUGGAGAUGGAGACGCGGCGGAAUAGUUCUUCUGAUGCUCCGCUUCAUGAUUCUACCCGACCGUCGUCUCAGAUGGAAUGGCAGAUCCGGCCAAUUAUGGGAACCCCGACCGCGAGAUCCAACAGGCGCUUGUUGCACUGAAGAAAGGCAGCCAGUUAAUCAAGUACAGUCGCAAAAGAAAGCCAAAAUUCUGCCCCUUCCGAAUUUCUAAUGAUGAAACUACAUUGAUUUGGUUAUCUCACAAGAAGGAGAGGGCUAUCGAAUUGUCUUCUGUAAUACGAAUUGUUCCUGGACAGAGAACUGCUGUUUUUAGGAGAUAUCUUCGGCCGGAGAGGGACUACUUAUCGUUCUCUCUUAUCUACAACAACGGAGAGAGAUCUCUUGAUCUGAUUUGCAAGGACCAAAGUGAGUUGGAACUGUGGAUUGGGGGGCUCAGGGCUCUCAUCUCUUCAGUGCAGUCUCAAAGUUUGAGAUCAACUGAUAACCAGAGCGACGGGAUUCUCUUCUCUGAUGAUGGAGACUCGGUAUCGAGUGGCCAUAGUUACGGACUAGAAGGCGGCACUUUGAUCAGCAAAUCUCGUGGCUUUGGCUCAAAACAUCACACUGGUGGCCCUUCAGCUGGAUUGGCAAGAUCAGAUGUUGGGUCAGAUCACACAAAUAUGCAACUAAGAUUGAGUAACGGAGAUGGUUCUGUGCGACUUAGCGUUUCAAGUGCUCCCAGUUCUUCCAGCCAAGGCUCUGGACACGAUGACAUCGAAUCUCUUGGCGAUGUGUAUGUGUGGGGAGUGGUAUGGUCUGACGGACCUGUAGCUGAUGCUCUGUGUUCGAGAACCGAUGUGUUGAUCCCAAGAUCGUUAGAAUCAGAUGUAGUUUUAGAUGUCCAUCAAAUAGCUUGUGGUGUUCGGCACGCAGCUCUGGUUACGAGGCAAGGGGAAAUAUUCGCUUGGGGGGAGCAGUCCGGCGGUCAGCUCGGCCAUGGCAUUGACAGAUACGUCAGCCGCCCCCGUCUCGUCGAGUCAUUGGCACUCUGGAACAUGGAUUACAUUGCAUGCGGCGAGUACCAUACUUGCGCUAUAUCCACUUCCGGCGAUCUGUUUACCUGGGGAGAUGGCGCCCACUACACCGGACUUCUCGGCCACGGCACCGAUGCUAGUCAAUGGAUACCGAAGAAAGUUUCCGGCCCUCUGGAAGGGCUGCAAGUUAUUGCCGUCGCAUGCGGUGUGUGGCAUUCGGCAUUGACUACGUCGAACGGCAAAGUGUUCACCUUUGGGGACGGGACGUUCGGCGUUCUCGGACACGGCGACCGGGAGAGUCUAGUGCGGCCGAAGGAAGUCGAGUCCUUGAGCGGGUUGAGGACGAUAAAGAUCGCCUGCGGCGUGUGGCACACUGCGGCCAUUGUCGAAGUGAUGGGGCAAGCCGCCGGCGGCAAUCUAAUCUCUCGCAAACUGUUCACUUGGGGCGACGGCGACAAGUACCGUCUGGGUCACGGCGACAAGGAGGCGCGCCUGGUGCCCACUUGCGUCCCAUCGCUCAUCGACUACAACUUCCAUCAACUGGCCUGCGGGCACAACUUGACGCUCGGACUCACAACCUCCGGCCAUGUUUUCACGAUGGGCAGCGCGUCUAACGGCCAGCUCGGCAACCCGCAGUCCGACGGCAAGGUUCCCUGUUUGGUGCAAGACAAACUGGUCGGUGAGCUGGUCGAAGAAAUUGCCUGCGGAGCCAGCCACGUCGCGGUGUUGACCUCGCGCAGCGAAGUGUAUACGUGGGGAAGAGGCUCCAAUGGCCGACUCGGACAUGGAGACGCAGAGGACCGGAAAACGCCUACCCUCGUCGAAGCUCUCAAGGACAGGCAUGUGAAGAGCAUAUCCUGCGGUUCGAAUUUCACGGCUUGCAUUUGCAUCCACAAAUGGAUUUCCGGCGCCGACCAGUCGGCUUGUUCCGGCUGUCGACAAGCAUUUGGCUUCACCAAGAAGAGGCACAAUUGCUACAACUGUGGCCUGGUGCAUUGCCAUGCUUGCAGUUCCAGGAAAGUGUUGAAAGCCGCCUUGGCGCCGACACCAGGCAAGCCUCAUCGCGUGUGCGACUCUUGCUAUUCUAAGCUGAAAGCCGCUGAGUCCGGGAACUUCAUGGCUGCUAGCAAGAAGGCUGUGAUUCCCCGUCGAUCCAUCGAUAUCAAGGAGAAGCCAGACAAAGGCGAAAUGAAGUUUUCGAAAUCUCUGGUGUCGCCGAGCGUGGACCAGACGAAAUUUGAAGCUAAAUCGAUGAAGAACGAUGCCAAAUCAGAAUCUCUGUCUAUGCUCAGAGCUCCGCAGGUGUUGAAAGACAUCUCUCUCACUGGCUCAAUCAGCGCGCUUCAAACUGCUCUGAAACCGAUUGUCCCCUCGUCGCCUCCUCUAAGCUCCCGGCCGGCGGCAUCGCCGUACUCGAGAAAUCCGAGCCCUCCACGCUCCAUUGCUCCUGUGUUUUCCAAAGGGGUCACUGACAGUCUCAUUCAGUCUAACGAAAUACUGAACCAGGAGGUCCAGAAGUUGCAAUUGCAGGUCAGGAAUUUGAAAAAAAGAUGUGAAGUGCAAGAACUCGCCGUGCAGAAUUCAGAAAUGAAAAUUCAACAAGAAUCUGCCAAAUGCAUUGCUGCAGUAGAAGUUUUCAGAAACCUCGACGUUCAGCUGAAGGAUAUAACAGAAAAGCUGCCCUCUGAGUAUGGCGAUUGCUUAAGGGAAGUACAUUCUCAAGUAGAAACAUUCCUGAAACAAAACAAUGAAUAUAUCAAAUCAGAUAUCUCUUCGACAAUGGUUUCUUUAUCCGGUGAUCAACUCCUAACUCAUGAUGGUGCUAAGGAUGAGUUAGAAACAACACAGGGUGCUCACAACGGCAGUAAGUCGGCAAUUGCCGGUAGCAAUGACAUUGGCACGAAAUCACCUAGAAUCAAAUGUGACAGUGAUGGAGAAACAGAGCUCGUAGAACAGUUUGAGUCUGGUGUGUACAUCACCUACAUUCAACAAGGCAGUGGUGCCAAGAUAUUCAAACGGGUACAAUUCAGGAGGAAGAGGUUUGGUGCGCAAGAAGCAGAGGGCUGGUGGAAUGAAAACAAGGAAAGAGUGCUCAAGAAAUAUAGCUAUCCAAGCCAAGCAAUUGUCUCAUUGCCUACAAGUGCACCAAAUGAGGAGGAAGAUGUGACACCAUCCCCUUCCACUUGAAUUGGUUUACGAUAAGGAACACUGAGAGUUGUAGAGUGAGGUUACAAACUAGACAGAAAGCUUGAACAGUUAUCCUUUUUAGCAGAUAGUCUUCUUUUUCUUUUUCUUUGAUCAUUGUGUAGGGUAAUUGAUGUUUGAGAAAAUUGAUGCCACAAUACUAGGCAUACCUGUAUUUUGAGGUAGUCUCACACUUGUAAACAAAUGGAAAAUAAUACUUGGUGUUAUAUAUGUUAGUUCCCUUCUA